ACUAGCUAUGCUCAAAACAACUCCAUGGACGUGAAUGAAGCACUUUACUUGAACAGAGGAGAAGGAGAAAGUAGAUAUGCUCAAAACUCCAAAUUCACACAAAAAGUGGCUUCCAUAACCAAACCAAUAUUAGAAAAUUCAGUUCAAUCUCUGUUUUCAAAAGGAUUCCACCAAUGCAAGCUUCUCAAUGUGGCCGAUUUGGGUUGUUCUGCUGUUCCAAACACAUUCUCUGUGCUUCAAACAGUAAAAGAGACCGUUGAAAAGAAAUGCAUGGAAUCGAAUUGCCAAACUCUGGAAAGUCAGUUUUACUUGAAUGAUCUUCCUGGUAAUGACUUUAAUUCUCUGUUUAAGGGAUUGUCUGGAUUCUGUGACCAAACACAGGGUGCGUCAUGCUUUGCGGUGGGAGUUCCUGGUUCUUUCCAUGGCCACCUUACACUUUGUUCAUUCCUCUUACAGUGCCCACUAGCUUUCCCAGGUACCCAAAGGACUCACAAGCAAUGAAGGCAAGCCAUUAAACAGGGGGAAGAUGCACAUAUCCACCACAAGUCCUCCGGUCGUAAAAGAAGAUUACUUUAGUCAGUUUCAACAAGAUUUCACCCUGUUUCUCAAGUCUCGCUCCGAGGAGAUGGUUCCUGAUGGUUGUAUGUGUUGGAAUAUAUAUAUAUAUAUAUAUAUCUAAAUAAUAAAAAUUAUUUUAUGGUCCUAUGUAGUACU